AUGGGUGUCGACCCAUUCUCGCCGCGGGGAAGGCGAGGCCGUGCGGUUUUGCCUCGCUCGCCUCCCCGGGGAUCGGGCCGCGGCUCCGGGAGAGGCACCGCCGGCUCCCAGCGUCGCUCGCCCGGCAAGGCGCGGCUUCCCCGGCCCGAGGGCCGACCGCCCUGGGGGAUGCACAACCCCGGGGACAGACAGAGGGACGGCUGCGAGCGGGACGGGGCGGGGGACCCAGCCCUGCCUUUGCCAAAGCGCCGGGCAGCGGGGGCAGCGCCGGGGGCCGGAGCGGGCGGCGGGGCAGCGGCGGCACGGCCGGGAACGGCCGCCGGGGGGCAGCGCGAGAUCGCCCAAGCGCCGCCGCCGUCCCCGCACCGCCUCGGCCGGGCCCGCACCGCCCGGCUCCGGCCCGCUCCUGCCCGCACCGCCCCUCUCCGGCCCGCUCCGCCUGGCUCCGGCCAGCACCGCUCGGCUCCGGCCCGCUCCGGCGCGCUCCUGCCCGCACCGCCCCUCUCCGGCCCGCACCGCCCGGCUCCGGCCCGCUCCGGCGCGCUCCUGCCCGCACCGCCCGGCUCCUGCCCGCACCGCCCGGCUCCGGCCCGCACCGCCCGGCUCCGGCCCGCUCCGGCCCGCUCCUGCCCGCACCGCCCGGCUCCGGCCCGCUCCUGCCCGCACCGCCCGGCUCCAGCCCGCUCCUGCCCGCACCACCCGGCUCCGGCCUGCACCGCCCCGCUCCGGCCCUCAGGGCCCGGUGCUUCCCGCACCGCCCGGCUCCGGCCCUCAGGGCCCGGUGCUUCCCGCACCGCCCCGGCUCCUGCCCGCGCUCGUCCUUGCGAGUGCCCGCUCCGGGCAGGCGGCUGCCUCUUCUGCCGGGCAACCUGCGACAGGAUGAGAGGAGCAGUCUUUAGCUGCCCCUUGGGAGGGUUAGGUUGGACAUUAGGAGAAAUUUCCUAUUAG